AUGUCCUGUCCUGAACCAACCUGUCCCACCACAGCUUGCUGUCUCCUAGGGGAUGUGGAUCUGGUUCGUCUCCUCCUGGAAAAGUGUAGCCACCUUGACCACACAGGAGCGGGAAGUGUUACUGCACUGCAUAUAUCUUGCAUGGCUGGCCACCUGGAGGUCACAAGAGCACUGGCUCAGCGUGGGGCAAACAUAGAGGCCAGAGAUGCUGUGUCGUUUUCUCCCCUUCACAUUGCUUGCCUUUUCGGAAAUGAAUCGGUUGUGGAAUAUUUACUUUCUCGUGGAGUUGACGUCAAUAUAGCAGGCUCUGUAGGUGACCGGCCACUCCAUUUAGCCAGCACAUUUGGCUACUACAAGGUAGUACAGAUGCUUCUCAAGAAAGGAGCAAGAGUUCGAAUUCAAGAUGAGGAAGGCAACACAGCUUUGCAUUGCUGUGUUCGAAAUGGUCAUUCUAAUAUUUUAAAUUUACUGCUGCAACCACAGUUUCGAUCUGAUGCCCACAUUACAAAUGUCUAUCUUGACACUCCUCUUCAUGUAGCUUGUUAUCAUGGAUGGUUUGAAUGUGCAAAGGCCCUGCUGACAUAUGGAGGUUCAAGCCUGUUGCUGAAGGAAAACCUGUGGGGUGAAAUAGCAGUACAAGCAGCUUGCACAGGGGGUCAAAGCAUAGAUCUUGUGGAUUUCUUAUUAAGUCAAGAUCCUGCUUUGAUUAAUUAUCAGAGUCCAGAUGGUCACACACCUUUACACUCUGCAUGUUACCAUGGGCAUGCAAAGAUUGUCCAGCUACUACUUAGUCAUGGAGCUGACACCAACCUUACAGCUCACGAUCGGAUCUUGAACAGUGAGAAAAAGAUCAUACAGGAAGAGCAGACACCACUCAUGUGGGCAUAUGAGAAAGGGUAUGAUGACAUUGCCAGCAUUCUCAAGUAUUUCAGAAGACCAGGUUUAUAUGAAGAUUAUGCUAGAGGAGACUAUUUGUCAGGUCUUGAAACUACAUACUUUCCCAUUCCUUCACCAAUUGGCAAACUGCGAACAAUGAUUCAAGAAAAGAUAGAUGUACUACAUCUUCGAUCAGUAUUGCCACCAGAAUUACAUCUCAGUCUGUCAGAUAUAGAUAAUAUGGAAAAUAUUGGAUCUGGUUCAUUUGGAAAAAUUUACAAGGGAAAAUAUGAAGACAAAGUUGUUGCUGUGAAGAGAUACAGAGCUAACAUGUCCUAUGGUAAAAGUGACGUUGAAAUGUUCUGCCGUGAGGUGUCCGUUCUUGGGUCUCUUGACUCCCCUUACAUUGUUAAGUUUGUUGGUGCUUGUUUACAGGACCCAAGUCAAUUUGCGAUUGUUACGGAAUAUGUUGCGGGAGGUUCCCUGUUCAGCACUCUACAUGAACAGAAGAGGUCAAUUGACACAGUGACUAGACUACAGAUAGCUCUUGAUGUAGCAAAUGGCAUGCUGUAUCUACACACACUGCCACAACCUAUAAUUCACAGAGACUUGAAUUCCCAUAAUAUUCUUCUAAGCAAUGAUUGUCGAGCUAGAGUUGCGGAUUUUGGGGAAUCAAGAUUUGUACGAAAUAUACUUGAAGAAAAUAUGACUAAACAGCCAGGUAAUCUUCGCUGGAUGGCACCUGAAGUAUUUACACAGUGCACCAGAUACUCAAUUAAAGCUGAUGUAUUUUCAUUUGGACUUUGUCUGUGGGAACUUCUAGCUUCUGAACUUCCUUUUGCACACCUCAAGCCUGCUGCUGCAGCUGCUGACAUGGCAUACAAACACAGUCGGCCUCCCCUUGACAUGGCCUUUCCCAAAGAAGUAGCAACACUACUGGAGAACUCAUGGCAUAAGGUACCUGAAGAAAGACCUGAUUUUUCGCAGAUUGUAGAGGAUCUAGAGACUUUAAUUGAGUCUCAGAAGGCUGCUCAAAAGGAUGGAGGCAGCCCAGUGCACCCUCAUCAUCAUCAUACUUGCUGUGCUACGUGCUCUUUUGUGUCACCAACAGGAAGCACAACUCCACCUGAUUCUUCUCAGAACACAGACUCAGAGUUGUCUGGCCAUGUGACAGCUUUGCGAACGAGGUGGGAGCAAGAGGCCAGCCGAGGACAGACAGCUUUCAAGUCAUCCCAUCCAACCAUUGAAGAACUGAGAAGCAGAAUGAAUAACAAUGGAUAUGUAGAGGGAAAUACAUAUCAGUAUCGCAUUGCUCCAGUCUUCAGUAAACAUAGGAAGUCAAUGUUACAGAAUUACUGACAGUGGUGGUAGGGGGAAGGGGGGGAAGUGUGAAUUAUUUGUUUCUUAUUUUACUUUGUCCUUAUUCAGAUCCUGUAUUUUUUAUUGUUGGAACUUUGCCAGAAUUUAUUAAACUAUGGUCUGUUAAAUCUGGAUGUAUAGGAGGCUUUGCACCCUUUCAUUAGUGCCUUAGAUGCACAUGUUAUUGAGCCAGAUGUAAUUUUGCAGUUAGUUUGAAAUACAAAUAUUCCUUUAUGCAAUUGUGACUGUGCCCAUGUAAAAAAUAUAGAAGAUAUGGAGAGGCUUUAGCUAUAAAAUGAGAGCAAGAGAUAUAGAUGAAAAAUGUUUAUACCACAAUAUACUUUAUCAUUAAUUUUUACAGGAAGGCUUUUAAGAUAGAAGAUGAUUAUGAUUACCAUGGUCAUUGCAAAAAUAAAGCAAAAAUAAUGGUAAAGCCAAAGUAAUUUUUUUAAUGAGAGAAUAUGCUUCUUUCACUCCCCACCAUUUGAUUAUGAUCAUCAAUCAAUUUGUGAACAUUGGUGGUGGUGCUACUAACUAACUCCAUAAAAGUAGAGAAUCCAACUAAUCACAUAUGACAGUUUCACUGUGAUUAAUGGGACAUGUGAAAAGUAAUUUUGAGUUGAUAGAAAGUAGAAUGGAAAAGAUACAAAUACUUUUGUUCAAAUUUUAUCAAAAUGUUUUUAUUGAUUAUCAGAGGUGACACAACCCUGCCAGCUAGCCUGCUAACCAUUCUUUAAAAUGAAUAGCAAAUCUGAUAAUGAUUUUAAUUUUCCGAUCACUUAUGCCAGUAUUAAUGUAAUAAAUGAAAUACAAGAAACAUAAUUGAAUUAAAGAAAACUGUGAACUCCUGAAGAAUAAAUACUAUUGCAGAAACAAGGUCAAAUAUUAAUAUUGAUAAUCAAUUGCGUGAUUAAAGUCUAGGAGGUGACAGGACCUUCUAUGUAUCCAGAUUGUCCAGACUUCAAUAGUUAUAAUACUAAUAUUAUAACAAAAUGUAAUGGGGUAUGCAGGGCAGCUUCCUUCAUGUUCCCUGUUGUGUUAAACAUCUAAAUUGAAGUCAUCAAUCCUAAUAGAGUUUCUCAUCUUCUCAAGUCAGCAAAGAACUCAUCAAUGUGUUGACUUAAGGUUUGUUAAGGUUUCAAGAACUUCAUUGUUUGCCAAAAGAUUGAGCUUCAAUUAAUCCAUCAUGCCUUUACCUGAUGUUUUUGCUUUUGUCAUUCACUAUUUUAUGUUUCUGGUUAGGCUGGGCUGUUGGACAUUUUGCAUUUUCUUAUUGCAUUUUCAUCUCUUUGUUUUAUUUCUGACAUUACCUACUUAACACUGUUCUAUACAUACUUUAGUUAAUGUGAAUUUUUUUUAUGAAAUAUUUGUGAACAGAUAUUGUCCAUAUUUUGUUGUACCUGGAGGAAAAGUGGAUGUUGGGUAAAAUAUAAAGAAGGCUUUGAAUAUAAAAUCAAUAAAAAAAGUUGAACAUUAAUUAUCAGGAAUUUAGAUGCAGGAAAUAGACUGGAAUGGAGUAACACCACAUCCUUGGUUUCAUUACCUAGUUGAUAUUUUGUCACAUUCUAAGUUCAUUUCAUACCAUUUUGCUAAAUAUAGUAUAUGAAGAUCCCUUUAGUUUGUAAACAGCUUACUGACAUGCCUCACUGUGCUCAGGCAGCAAAAGUGGUACACCUUCCUCUAGCAAGUCUAGGGUAGACAAGGUAGGCUGCUCCCUAUGUUUGUCUUGCGUCAUUGGCACGCCUUCCUCUAGCAAGUCUAGGGAAGACUGAGCCAGGCUGCUCAGUUUGUUUUUGUUUUGCUCUGUUAGCUUGUUCAUUUGGAAGCAAUACUGCAUGUAUUAUUUUUUAUCUUCUCUCCCUUCUCAUUUUCUGCAACCUUGUGUCACAGGACAAAAGCUGUGCUUUUUUCAAUAAUUAGUGACACUUUAAAUUCAUUGAUUUAUGUUUUAUAAUUGAUUUUUUUAAAAAGUUUUUAAAGUAUUAUUUUAAUAGUUGCAUAUUUUCUAUAUGUACAAAUUCUUAUUAAAACAUCUACAGCAGCUUUA